GUCUCCUCUGUCAUGUGGUCUUCCUCUGGGCCCCGGCCUGCUGUCUUGGAGCGCUAGCCACCGUGGAGUAGGCUCGGGUCAGUCCUGGGCUCAGCCACGUGUCCUUGCCCUCCCGGUGCUCUCCUAACUCUUCUCCUGAGUGGCGGCAGCGGUGUGGCAAGGUCGGGCCUCCCCUCUUUUUUCUCCAUCCUUUUUCUCUCUCUGCCUUCUCCUUUCCUCCUUCUCCCUGCGUCGGCUCCGGGGUUUUCCUGGCCCCAGAGCACUGCUGGGCAGUUGGCCGUGUGCUCUUGCCCCUGGCUCGAUUUGGGUUGUGUGUUUGUGUGUCAGCAGUUCCCCCAGUUUACGCGCCGGGCGUCCCCGGUUCCCCCUCAGCAGUGGUGGCGGCAGUGGCAGUCUCAGCAACCCGGAGCCAGCCUGGUAGCGUAGUUGUCUCUGGCUGGCUUCAGGAGCUGCUCGCUGCCGUGGCGCCCGCCAUUUUGUGUCGCUGGAAGUCCCCAUAUGAUGUGCCUUGUGCCGUUGAACCAAUCAUGCAACAUUCAUCCCCUACGAAUAAAUCUACAACACUUAAAAUAUAAAUCCGGGGACAUUAAAUGAAAUCUGGGGACAUUCCGGGGACGGAUUUUGUCCAGGGACAGAUUUGUCAAUCCGGGGACUGUCCCCGGGAAACGGGGACAUCUGGUAACCAUAGGCCAUGCCCAUGUUCCUACUUAGUAUGAGCAAUAAACAGCAGUGGUUCUGACUCUCCCCUUCUUUCCCCCCACUUCUGGGCUUGUGGUUGUGAUGGUUGGGCUCCUCCUCCUCUGUGGCCUCGUCUCUGUCUGUGUGAGGUACUGCUGCCUUCACUGCCACCCAGCCGGGGAAGACGACAACUCCCAGCCCUAUGAAGUCACAGUCAUCGCAUUUGAUCAUGACAGCACUCUUCAAAGCACCAUCACUUGUGAGUUGAGCAACCAUACUAGUCCCAUGAUAGCUGCUUAAAAUCUAUAAAAGGUUCCUACUAGAGAAAAAUGGCAGAUCGAGUUAAAGGACUACAGUGGUACCUCGGGUUACAGACACUUCACGUUACAGACACUUCAGGUUACAGACUCCGCUAAGCCAGAAAUAGUACCUCAAGUUAAGAACUUUGCUUCAGGAUGAGAACAGAAAUCGUGCUCCGGCGGCAGCGGAAGGCCCCAUUGGCUAAAGUGGUACCUCAGGUUAAGAACAGUUUCAGAUUAAGACCAGACCUCCACAACAAAUUAAGUUCUUAACCCGAGGUACCACUGUAUGCUGAAAUGGCUAAAAUGACCGGAAAGGUCAGAAAUCAGGAAGACCGAAAUUUUAAUAAGGAAUGGGGAGAAUUUACAACUUAUGUUAAAGACCAUUGUAAACAGUUAAAAUUGUUAGUAGAAUUGGAAUAUCACUUGUUGUUGAAGGUUGAUUCUGGACAUAAUGGAAGAGGUAAAAGGUUUGGAGUACAGUGGUUGGGGAGGUGGGGGGGAAUGGGGGGAAAUAAUGAAGAUGAUGUGUUUUGAUAAUUUGUUAUGUUGAAAUUGUCAAUAAAAAUAAAAAACAACCCUCAGCUGCCAGGACUCCUUGCCCGUUGUGGGGACACCUGAUUGCAACCCCUCAAAAAUGAGCCAUGGCCCCCCUGCCCCCUCCCACUACGUCUCUUCUAUGUUAUCUUGGACAAUAAAUUCUGCGUGCACUCUGUGUGCAUUCUGCAGUGUGCAUUCCUUUGGCGGAAACCCCCUCGACCAUCGAUCAAUCACAGCAUUAGGGUCAUUCUUAUCCUCGCUCAUUCCUGAUAUUUAAGGUCCUGGAAGUAACCUGAAGAGUUGUGUGUUCUUCUCGUUUUCAGCCUUCCAUUCGGUGUUUGGUCCAGCUGCUAGAAGAAUGCUUGCAGUAGCUCAUUCCCACAGCGUUCUCCCAGCCAUACAUUACCCUGCUGGGAUGGAGACACCCCCCAUUUACGAGGAGGCUGUGCACAUGAGUAGAUUCAGAGUGGCUAGAAGUGGAGAACCUGCCCCAGAGUCACAGCCGGAGGAGAAACAGUCGGUGGAUGCCGAGAAAGGAGAACAAACAGAUCAACCAUCAAGCCAAGGCUCCUGAACCAGAUCAUCAUCAAGUACUGCCAAGACUACUUCAAAUUAUGUUCCUUUGGUAGCUGUAGUGUUUUCUAAUGCUACAAUUCUCAAAUUCCCCAGAGAGGCUUGGGAAACCCAGCCAGAUGGGCAGGGUAUAAAUAUUAUAUUAUUAUUAUUAUUAUUGGCACGAUGCAUUAAAUAAAUUGCAUACAACCUGUAGCAAUGUGGCAAUACAUUGUAUGCAAGAGCAGAGAUUUUACACGCGUUUCCAAAGUUUGUAUUUCUCUUGGACUCUUAAAUCGAUCACUAGCGCUGUAAAAUAUAACCUGGAAGCACAACACAAAUGUUUGCAGUGAAUUUCAGUUCAUGAUCUAUGUUUAAUCACUGACCAUCCGUUGCUGCCUUGAGUUUUUGUGUGGUGUUUUCUUCUUAAUGAUGUCCAUAAUAGGUUGCCUGCCUUUGAGUCCUUAAUCCUUAAACUAUCACUAGUUAUCAUUACAUGAUUAAUGAGAAUGGUGAUUAAUUGAAGGAGGCCAUUAAAGUAUUUGAGUGGGGGAAAUACUGUUUUGUUUUGUUUUUUUAAAAAAGAUGUGAGUUAAGAUGUGGUAUGCGAUUAAUUCUUUGGGUCUCUUUUUCCAUGCCUGAGGACCUGGGUGAAGCGUGAUGGCUGAAUUGCAAACUGUUAACGCUGCAGGAAGUAAACAAACCUGGGGUCUUUCCAUUCCUUGAUUCAGCCAUCAAAUUCAGUGCCAGGUGGCCUGAUGGCAGAUUAGAAAAGGGAGCUGAAUAGUCACAUACAUCUGAGCCAGUGGUACUGGAAGCUGUUCUUUCUUGCAGCUAGGUUACAUUUAUUCCAACAAAAGCUUGUUGUUGUUUUUUCUGGCAUGUACCUCCCUCCCUUUCCUCUGUCACAAACAUGUUUCAUCUACAGAUUUGUGCUGGCAUUGUAGUGAAGCCAGGACAGCACUCAAAACUUAUGAUCUAGC